AUGACGCCCAACAGUGAAGGUACGUCGAUAGUGUCGCCGUCAUGUCACGUGAAAAGUGAAACCCUCAGCAACAGCAUUGGUAGUUGCGCUCGCGUAGUUCCGGCUGUCCUUAUCCGGAAGGCGAUGAAAAGAUAUGGUUUCGGAAAAGGAAGUUGUCCAGUCCUCGACGAACUUCACAUGAAUGUAAAAAAAGGGGCAAUAUACGGAUUAUUGGGGGCCAGCGGCUGUGGCAAGACCACACUUUUGAGCUGCCUUGUUGGCCGUAGCAGAUUAGAUAGCGGAAACAUUCUGGUUUUCGGUCACGAGCCCGGCUCUGAGGAGAGUGGAAUACCUGGUCCGCGAGUUGGCUACAUGCCGCAAGAACUCGCCCUGCACGGCUAUUUUACCAUUAAAGAGACACUGCAUUAUUUUGGUCGCAUCUAUAAUUUGAAAGCGGAUUUCGUCCAGGUCCAACUGGAAUUUCUAUCCAAAUUGUUGGACCUUCCACCGGGUGAUCGUUAUUUAAAAACGCUGAGCGGCGGUCAGCAGCGACGAGUUUCCUUUGCUGUCUCCCUGUUUCACGAACCUGAAUUGUUAAUUUUGGACGAACCGACUGUUGGCGUUGAUCCUUUACUGAGACACAGCAUCUGGAAUCAUCUUGUCCGUCAAAGCGUUGAUCACGGAAGAACCGUCAUUGUCACGACCCAUUACAUUGAAGAAGCUCGACAAGCUAACACGAUUGGUAUGAUGCGCUCAGGUCGUCUUCUAACUGAAGAAUCGCCAGAGAAUCUGCUACGAAUGUAUGCCCUUUCGUCGUUAGAAGCCGUAUUUCUGAAACUCUGCAUGAAAGGUAAUGGUACCACUCCCCGCGAGGAAGCCUCACUUUCCAACCCAGCCGAUGGUGCUGCAGACCAAACGCAAGAAGGCCGUAAUAAUGUGCCGUCUGAUGACAGCAUCCGUCAAUUGGAAAGCUCUGAAAUCUGCAACGACCGUGGUCAUCACAGCGAAGGACCUUUUCCUGUCGCUAGUUUCAAAAAUGUACUGCAUGAACCUGGAAGUAGUAGUACGAAUGAUAACAGCGAAACCAGCAGCGUUGUAAUGUUCACGGGUAGUUGCAGCAGUACGACGUCUAGUAAUAGCCGAAGCCGCAAUUUCACGACGCCUUCAUUUUCUUGGCAUCGCCUUAUCGCACUAGUUCGGAAAAAUUAUUUGCAUACUUUCCGGAAUGUGGGGAUGUUUGUGUUUAUUUACUUGUUGCCUCUUAUUCAAGCAACGGUUUUUAAUUUAACGUUGGGACAUGAGCCGACUGGCCUCAUGAUGGGCAUCGUUAACGAUGAGGUGGAACCCAGCCAAGGCCGGAUCUGCAACUACACGACGGCUUGCUCCUAUUCCAUGCUCAGUUGUCGCUACCUUCGGUACAUACGAAACAAUAUCAUUCAGGUUCCAUACACAAAUUUGACGGAAGCACUGGAAGCUGGAAGGAGCGGUGAAGUGUGGGGGGUCAUCCAUUUCGGGCACAAUUUCACCGAGGAGUUCGAGAAGCGGCAGGCUGACGGUGAUUCGGCAACGUUAGAAAACAUAAUAAGAAGUCGAAUUGGCAUUAACAUGGAUUCUUCCAAUCAUCUUAUUGGCACGUUUAUUGAAAGAUGGAUUCUGGAAGCUUUUGAGGAGUUUUUCAAAGAUUUUAUGAGAUCUUGUGAUCACGAGCCAGAAGCCGGUUACAUUCCUUUGGAGUUUCUGGAACCGGUUUAUGGUCAAAAGGAAACCCAGUUUACCGAAUUUAUGGCCCCCGCUUUCACCGUGUUGAUUGUGUAUUUCAUGGGAGUCUCCUUGACUUCGGGUGUCUUCAUUUCUGAAAGACAACACGGUCUUCUCGAUCGUUGCAUGGUAGCAGGCGUACAGAUGACGGAAAUUUUAAUGAGUCACUUGGUUAAUCAAUUCACAGCGAUGAUUGGCCAGACUGCUUUGGUUUUUAUCUGUAUGCUACUUAUCUUCAACAUUCCUUGCCACGGCAGUCUUACCUUAGCGAUUUUUAUUACUUUUCUACAAAGCUUUGUUGGAAUGUCUUUUGGUUUACUGAUAGCCACAGUAUGCGACAGCGAAAUUGGGGCACUUUUAAUUUCGCAAGCCAGUUUUCUCCCUUUUACUGUUAUCUGUGGUGUUAGUUGGCCGAUUGAAGGCAUGUCGUUCUAUCUCCGUUUCGUAGCCUAUUCUAUGCCCAUGACGUACGCUAUAGAAUCUUUGAGAUGUGUUUUCACGCGUGGGUGGGGCAUAGAACAGCCAGAUGUCUACGUAGGAAUCAUAAUCAGUGUUGCUUGGAUAUUUGCUUUAUUGGCUAUGUGUUUGAUUGUUCUACGAGUAAGAAAAUAUGCCAGUUAGUCAGCCGAUAGAGCCUA